GCUCUGGGUAACAAUGCACACAUAGCCAGCCUGGUAUACAGAAUAUACUGCUCUGGGGUAACAAUGCACACAUAGCCAGCCUGGUAUACAGAAUAUACUGCUCUGGGUAACAAUGCACACAUAGCCAGCCUGCUAUACAGAAUAUACUGCUCUGGGAAACCUUCCAAUCAGCUGUUCCAUCCUAACCUGCCCUCCAUUGGUGAGUAGCUGUGUUGAUUGUUGAUGUUUUCCUGGUAACAUUGUUUCACUGAGAGGUGAAUGAAUGUAAGCACCAUGUGAACGUGUUGGAAUCAGCCCCACUAUUCUAAUGCUGUUAUUACUAUUGCUUUUAUUGAUUGAUGUGCUAGAAUGUGCUUCUACUUCCUGUAAAUAUACUUUAGGAAUCCAGCCCCCAAUUUCAAUCUGACUUUCAUUUCAUCUGUCUUUUCCCUAAUGGUUUAUUUACUAAGCAGUAAGUUCAAGAAUUUAGCCUAAAAAUGUUUUCUGAAUUGUCUGUUUUUGAUGAAUUUUUGGCAGCUUUCUGAAUAAACCCUUUUUAUUGUAUUCUCUCUGUUUAUAUCCAUAUAUGUAAAUACCUUUUGUGCAAUGUCUCUGUUGAACUGGCUACUGUGGGAUAUCCAGUAUGAAACACAGUUAUCCUGAUUUACUGCUGUCCAUUCUUUAUAAAUUCACUAAACGAAAAUAUUAUGUAAAAGAACAGCUUAUUGCGAACUUGGGCCUCGGUUUAAUAUUGUUGGAUAAACUUUUAAAAUGAUGUCAUUAUGAAAAUUUAUAUUUUAAUUGUGUAAUAUUUUCAUAGUUUUUGAUAUACUGAUUUAUGUUUUUUUGACAUUUUAAUAGUUUAGUUUGAAAAAUUAAUUUAUUUUAAAAGUUUAUGUAAAAAUAUGAAAUCAUUUGGAAAGCUUAUUAAAUAUUAAAUUGAGGCCUUGGUUGCUAUUCCAUUUUAUAUUUAUAAUGAUGUAAGUACUUCCCUGAAAACAUACAAAUCUCUUCCCUUCUAGCCCACUGUUUACUUGUGCUAACUUUCAUUUUACAUAACCAAAGAAUGGAAAAAAGUCUCUCACAUGUAUCGAAUGCCCAUUUGCUCCAUCUUUGGCCUUCAUCUGACAGAGAAACAAAGUUUGUCUGACAAGGCUCAAUUCUGUCCCUCUGUAUAUCUGCAGAGGUACUGUAAAUUAUAGCCAAUAUCCAACACAGUACAGAAGUCUUUCUAGGUGAGGAGAGCCUACAAAGCCUUAUUCUAAAAGGGGCGCGCCUACUGGGCCUCAUUCCUAAAUCAUUAAAAACCCACUUCUUCAUAAAAGCGUAUCAAUUAAACUGUUAAUAGCUCCCGGCUGAUUCCUCUCUUGCAACUGUCAUUAGUCUAAUACUAUCCUUACCUUUUGUGUCACUUUACCCCACUCCCUCUAGCAUGUAAGCUCAUUGAGCAGAGCCUCGAUCCCUCUGUUACUGUCACUAUACCCCACUCCCUCUAACAUGUAAACUCACUGAGCAGGACCCUCAAUCCCUCUGUUACUGUGUCACUAUACCCCACUCCCUCUAGCAUGUAAACUCACUGAGCAGGGCCCUCGAUCCCUCUGUUACUGUGUCACUAUACCCCACUCCCUCUAACAUGUAAACUCACUGAGCAGGGCCCUCAAUCCCUCUGUUACUGUGUCACUAUACCCCACUCCCUCUAACAUGUAAACUCACUGAGCAGGCCCUCAAUCCCUCUGUUACUGUGUCACUAUACCCCACUCCCUCUAACAUGUAAACUCACUGAGCAGGCCCUCAAUCCCUCUGUUACUGUGUCGCUAUACCCCACUCCCUCUAACAUGUAAACUCACUGAGCAGGGCCCUCAAUCCCUCUGUUACUGUGUCACUAUACCCCACUCCCUCUAGCAUGUAAGCUCAUUGAGCAGGGCCUUCAACCUCUCUGUUCCUGUGUGUCCAACUUGUCUGGUUACAACUACAUGUCUGUUCGUCCACCCACUGUAAAGCUCUGCAGAAAUUGUUGGCGCUAUAAAUCAUCACAUAACAUAGCAUUCUAGUAGGGAUGGGCGGGCGUACAGGGCCUCAUUCUAGUAGGGGCGGGCGUACAGGGCCUCAUUCUAGUAGGGGCGGGCGUACAGGGCCUCAUUCUAGUAGGGGCGCGCCUACAUGGCCUCAUUUUAGUAGGGGCUCGCCUACAUGGCCUCAUUCUAGUAGGGGCGCGCCUACAGGGCCUCAUUUUAGUAGGGGCUCGCCUACAUGGCCUCAUUCUAGUAGGGAAGGGCUUAUUUUUGUAAUCUGCUUCUGCACUGUCUAGUACAAAAGCUGAGUGAAACUGUACUGCGUGUGUGGGCAUUAUGUUCCUAAUGUCAUUUCUAUUAAAUGUAUCACAGACUCAUUUUGGGUAAAUUCCAGGAUAAAUUGUCAGAGUCCUCGUUGAAGUGAUUUAGAAACCCUUGAGUUUGCAGAACUUUUGGAAAUAUGAUUACCAUUGUAAAACUGUUUUUGAGAAAAGUGUUGAUGAAAGUGUAAUUGUGAUCAUUGCAGCUUCACUAAAGAAAAUUUGUUAUAAUUUUUAAUUUUUUUCCGUAUCACAUUUUCCCAAAUUCUCCAGCGAACUCCCUACAGCUUUCUGUUUAGUGAAUGUGUGCCAGGAAGGCUGUUAAAACAUCACAGGGCAAUUAGUUAUUAGUCCUGAAAAUUGCUUCAUUAAAAGGGGAACUCACCUGUCAUUGACCUUUUAACUCACCUGUCAUUGACCUUUUAAAUUAUAGCAAUGAUCUAAUGUAGGAGUGUCCGAUAUAUGUUCCCUUUCUAUAGAGGCAUUUUUGCUGGCAGGUUCAUAAUGCAGACACGUUGCAUACCUCCAAAGUGUCCCUAUUUACGAGGGACAGUAUCCUAAUUUGGGCCCAAAUCCUGCUGUCCCUCCCUUUUAAAAACAUUGUUCUUGUAAAUUUAUAUUUUAGUUUCAUCAAUUUUUAUUAGUAAGUCACUCAAAAUAUCUCAGAACGUGGUGGAGCUGGCAUCGUUCAGGAGCAGACACCAUUUCCCCAAGCUCCCCACCACUGAAGCAAAUUAUUGCCCCAAACUUACAAACCACCCAACAUCCAGGGCCCCAACAGUGAUAGAAGUGCUGGGGACAGCACACAGGACCCGCAAAUGCCUUUUUAAAAACGCCUCGUGCACCAAAACCCAGUGCAGAGUGCCUCUGGCCUACUGCGGGAAUCCCGCGGCUGCCGCACAUUCCCCUUUGGGAUGGGGACGACUUUGACCCGGUACCACUCCCAGCCAGCCCACCUAGGGAACCACUGGAACCCAUGAAGGGCCGCAAAUCCCUGAAACCGGUGCCGGCAGCAACCGCCUUAAGGCAUAGUAUUAGCCAGAUGCUAUCCUCGACUCCCUGCAGCCAGGGGACAUUGCCACACCGGCCUGAGACUACUCCCAGCAUGGUAGGGGACAAAGGACCUACAGACGAGGCCCGGGCUGCGCCUGGAGCAGAAACACCUGUGGCAAAGGAGGAUAUACACGACUUACUGGCACACUUCCAGGACAUGUUCUUUGCAGAGAUCAACCUGGUAAAAACUGAAUUACAAGCAGUCACAGAAUGCCUCCGAGCAUCUGAGAAGGACACUGCUGACCUGAGGCAAGGCAUGACAACUCAAGGGGAAUCAAGCGGCAUCGGCUGCGCACCCUCAUAGCAUCUGGGUUUGGGAAUAAUUCUUCAUUUGACCCCAGACUCUCAUGGAGCAGGUGUUUUUAUGCUCAUUUUUUAUGUGUUAUAUACAGCCAUUGCCUGAGGGCACCAGAGGACUCAUUACCCUGUUAUACUAUAGUUGGAUAUAAGAUAACAUGUUCCUCAUUGUAUGUUCCUCAGCCUCUGGACACAUCCCCACUCGCACCCCUAAAAUUAAAGUGUCCCUCUUUGUCCAUUUGAAAUGUUGGGCGGUAUGACACUGACCAGCCUCUGUGUCUGUGCACCUACAGUGCUCUGUCCUACAUAUGUCUGUCAAUCAGUGAUCCAACCUUUCCAUGUGUUUGUGUAGAAUCAUUUUAUGACUGGUCCGUGUUAAGACCUGCAUACAUUCCCCGUAGUGACUUGUGAUGACAUCUUAUUAAGUCUUGAAAGCUUCACUGGUGAAAUAACUCUGUUAGGGCAUUCUCUGCACAUACAUGAACACCUACCUUUUUAUAAUGAGCCAAUACUAAAUUAUUAACCAACUGCCGGGAAUUACUAAUAUGUUGUGUCCAAGUGCUUUCCUAAAUGAACUGUCUGCUUGCUAUUGCUACCUUGUAUAAUGUACUUUUAUAUCCAUCACAGCCAGUCCAAUCCAUCCAUGUAGCUCUGAUAAAAUGCUUUUCAUAUUAGUAGGCACUGUGCAUUUCAGACUGUCUGGGCUUCGACAUGAAUUUAUCAUAAUGGAUGAGUAAUUUUAGAUUUUUAUCCCUCGCACAGACUGUAAGGCUGGGCUGUCUAGAAGGAAAUCAAUAGCUUUUGAUAGAACCCAACUCCCCAAAUAUUCAGCCAGUCAUAGAAACAUAGAAUGUGACGGCAGAUAAGAACCAUUCGGCCCAUCUAGUCUGCCCAAUUUUCUAAAUACUUUCAUUAGUCCCUAUCCUUAUCUGAUAGUUAGGAUAGCCUUAUGCCUAUCCCACGCAUGCUUAAACUCCUUUACUGUGUUAACCUCUACCACUUCAGCUCGAAGGCUAUUCCAUGCAUCCACUACCCUCUCAGUAAAGUAGUACUUCCUGAUAUUAUAUUGUUGUGGUAGUUUUUCUUCUUUUAAAUAUAGUCUCCUCCUUUACUGUGUUGAUUCCCUUUAUAUAUUUAAAUGUUUCUAUCAUAUCCCCCCGUAUCGUCUUUCCUCCAAGCUAUACAUGUUGAGAUCCUUUAACCUUUCCUGGUAAGUUUUAUCCCGCAAUCCAUGAACCAUUUUAGUAGCCCAAUGAUUGGUUAAAUAAAUCUGUUAAUGGUUUUGCUAGUACACCACUAAGCUCUUUUAAUAGCUUUGGGUGUAUUCCAUCAGGUCCCAUUGACUUAUUUGUCUUUACCUUUGACAGUUGAAAUAGAACCUCUUCCUCUGUAAACUCACGUGUAAUAAAUGACUCAUUUAUCCUUUUUCUCAACUGAGGUCCCUUUCCUUCAUUUUCUUCUGUAAAUACAGAACAAAAAUAUUCAUUGAGGCAGUCAGCCUGACCUUUAUCCUCUUCUACAUACCUUCCUUCUUUUGUUUUUAAUCUAACUAAUCCUUGUUUUACUUUUCUUUUCUCAUUUAUGUAUCUAAAAAAUGUUUUAUCCCCUUUUUUACUGACUGUGCUAUUUUCUCUUCUGUGUGUGAUUUGGAAGCUCUUAUAACUUGCUUAGCCUCUUUCUGCCUAAUCUUAUAGAUCAUUUUGUCUUCCUCACUCUGGUUUUUUUUAUAAUUCUAAAUGCUAACUUUUAGUUUUAACUAUUUUGGCCACAUCUGGGUGCCACAGUGGUUUCUUGAAUUUUUGCUUUUACAAGCCUAAUGCAAUUUUCUGUUGCCUUCAAUAGUGCAACUUUUAAAUAAUCCCAUUUCUCUUGGACUCCAUUUAAAUUGCUCCAGUCUGAUAAUGACUCCUCUAACCAUAUUCUAAUUUUAGAAAAGUCUGUUUUUCUAAAGUCUAAAACUUUUGUUUUUGUGUGGUGUGACUCAAUCACUGUUCUUAUAUUAAACCACACUGACUGAUGAUCACUGGAUCCUAAACUUUCACCUACAGUAAUAUCUGAUACCAAAUCUCCAUUUGUUAACACUAAAUCUAGUAUGGCCUCUUUACGAGUUGGCUCCUCAACAACUUGUUUUAGAGACAAUCCCAGUAGGGAGUUUAGAAUAUGUGUGCUCCUGGCACAAGUAGCUAAUUUUGUUUUCCAAUUUACAUCAGGAAGAUUAAAGUCACCCAUGAUGAUAACAUCCCCCUUCAUUGUCAUUUUAGCUAUUUCCUCAACUAGUAGAUUAUCUAACUCUUCAAUUUGUCCUGGGGGCCUAUAAAUCACACCUACACGAGUUACUGUGUGAUUACCAAAUUCUAGCGUAGCCCAAACGGACUCUAUGUUUGCCUCACUAACUUUUAUUAGGCUAGAUUUUAUGCUAUCCUUCACAUACAAGGCCACCCCACCCCCUUCUUGCCUUCCCUAUCUUUCCUAUAUAAAGAGUACCCUGGUAUUGCUAUGUCCCAGUCAUUUUUCUCAUUGUACCAUGUCUCAGUAACAGCGACUAAAUCUACACUAUCAGUUGCCAUUAUUGCCACAAGUUCAUGGAUCUUAUUCCCUAAACUGCGAGCAUUUGUAGACAUGACUCUAAGCUUAUCAUUUUUAACACACUUGCUACAGGCACCUUCUGUCCUUGUUUUUGGGGACAAUUGGAUUGAUGUUUUAUCACCCUUUUGCCCCCCCCCUCCUAGUUUAAAUACAUCCUAGCAAAACCUCUGAACUGCUCACUGAGAACAUUUGUUCCCUUUUGAGAAAGAUGCAAACCAUCUUUUUUGUACAGCUUAUCUCCAUUCCAAACAGAGCUACCAUGAGAAAUAAAGCCAAAUCCUUGCUCCCGACACCAUUCACCAAGCCACAAAUUAAAGUCCCUAAUACGCAUCCGCCUGUCGUUCUGAGUGUUAUGCACAGGCAGAACUUCAGAGAAUGACAGUGUGGAAGCAGCCUGCCGUAUAUCAUUGGCAAAAACACUAAAAACUUCCUUAACCUCUGAAACCUCAUUGCAAGCCAAGUCAUUUGUCCCUAGAUGGACAAGUACAUCCAACUCCCUUCCUGCUUUGCUUGCUUAACAAUAUUACAGAUACGUCUCCUGUCUCUGUGAGCAGUAGCUCCGGGAAGACACCUCACAAGACCACCAUUGUCCAUCUCCACACCUCUUAUAAUGGAAUCCCCCAACAACAAUUGCUUUCUAUUAGGCCUCCCCAUAGUCUCCAAGCCGGUCUCCACAACACCACUAGACCUUUAAGUCAUCAGAAAUAAUCACCCCUAAAUCCCUUUCCUCAUAUGUUGAGGUUAGGACUCUAUCAAAUAUUCUGUACUCUGCCCUUGGGUUUUUACGUCCAAGAUGCAUUAUCUUGCACUUAUCCACAUUAAAUGUCAGUUGCCACAAUUCUGACAAUUUUUCUAGUUUACCUAAAUCAUUUGCCAUUUGGCUUAUCCCUCCUGGAACAUCAACCCUGUUACAUAUCUUAGUAUCAUCAGCAAAAAGACAUACCUUACCAUCAAGACCUUCUGCAAUAUCACUAAUAAAAAUAUUAAAGAGAAUGGGUCCAAGUACAGAUCCCUGAGGUACCCCACUGGUGACAAGUCCAAGCUUCGAAUAUAUUCCAUUAACUACAACCCUCUGUUGCCUGUCACUCAGCCACUGCCUUACCCAUUCAACAAUAUUGGAAUCCAAACUUAAAGAUUGCAGUUUAUUGAUAAGCCUUCUAUGUGCAACAGUGUCAAAAGCCUUACUGAAAUCUAGGUAAGCAAUGUCUACUGCACCACCCUGAUCUAUAAUUUUAGUUACCCAAUCAAAAAAAUCAAUAAGAUUAGUUUGGCAUGAUCUCCCUGAAGUAAACCCAUGUUGUCUCUGAUCUUGAAAUCCAUGUGUUUUUAGAUGUUCAUCAAUCCUAUUCUUUAACAUGGUUUCCAUCACUUUCCCCACUACUGAAGUAAGGCUUACUGGCCUAUAGCUGCCCGACUCCUCCCUAUUACCUUUCUUGUAAAUGGGCACAACAUUUGCUAACUUCCAAUCUUCUGGGACUACUCCUGUUAACAAUGAUUGGUUAAAUAAAUCUGUUAAUGGUUUUGCUAGUACACCACUAAGCUCUUUUAAUAGCUUUGGGUGUAUUCCAUCAUUUUGUCUUCCUCACUCUAGGUUUUUUUUAUAAUUCCUAAAUGCUAACUUUUAGUUUUUAACUAUUUUGGCCACAUCUGCGGAGUACCACAGUGGUUUCUUGAAUUUUUUGCUUUUACUGACAAGCCUAAUGCAAUUUUCUGUGCCUCUCUCCACAACACCACUAGCCUCAGUGCCUCUCUCCACAACACCACUAGCCUCAGUGCCUCUCUCCACAACACCACUAGCCUCAGUGCCUCUCUCCACAACACCACUAGCCUCAGUGCCUCUCUCCACAACACCACUAGCCUCAGUGCCUCUCUCCACAACACCACUAGCCUCAGUGCCUCUCUCCACAACACCACUAGCCUCAGUGCCUCUCUCCACAAUACCACUAGCCUCAGUGCCUCUCUCCACAAUGCCACUAGCCUCAGUCUCUCCACAACACCACUAGCCUCAGUGCCUCUCUCCACAACACCACUAGCCUCAGUGCCUCUCUCCACAAUACCACUAGCCUCAGUGCCUCUCUCCACAAUACCACUAGCCUCAGUGCCUCUCUCCACAACACCACUAGCCUCAGUGCCUCUCUCCACAACACCACUAGCCUCAGUGCUUCUCUCCACAACACCACUAGCCUCAGUGCAUCUCUCCACAACACCACUAGCCUCAGUGCCUCUCUCCACAACACCUUUACACUCUGAAAGUGCAGAAAAUUAAUUAUGAAGAGCACAGACUGUGCAAAAUGCCUUUUAUCCACAACUCUAAGUCUACCAGAUCCUACAGUAAUCCAUCUGCCUUUCCUAGUAUGUCUCUGCGGCAGUGGCUUUGCAGCAGUUCCAGUCUGAGUUUGUUCACCAGAUAAUUUACAAAUCUCAGACUUCAAAAAUAAAAUCUCCUGCUGCAAGAAAGAGAACUGUCUACAGAUUAGACAACAACCAAACCUCUAAAAAGUGGAACGUGAAACAAAUGCAUAGCAAUUGUUACACUGAACUAAGUCUGCCAUUCCAAUUAGGAGAAUAAUUUAAAUCUAACAAAUCUUAACUUUGUAUUUAUCCUCCUGAAUACCUCAGAUUACCUCCAGUUUAUCUCCAGAAUAUCUCCAACUACACACUUAGAAACAGCACUCUCCAGAAUAUCUCCAACUACACACUUAGAAACAGCACUCUCCAGAAUAUCUCCAACUACACAGUCCUUUAAAUGUAUUGGUGCAUAUAUACUGCCUCCUUUCUCUGAAAUUUCAUAACCGAAAUCCCGCAAUGUUUCCAUUUAGCAAGGAACAGGCCUCUAGCGUCUCUCAGGGACUGUCACUAGAGGCGCUUCCUCCUUAAAGUAACACUCCAGCAAUUCAGCUUUUUUAUACGUUGUGUUUUCUUUUCUUUUCUUUUUUUUGACAGUUUAUAAAGGUCACAAUUUCUAUUGAGGACAGAUACGUCACUUAGACAGUCAGGAAUGUUUCUUUCUCUUAGGACAAACGUUACAUAAAUAUGUUAUCAGUGUUGGGUCUGAUUAUCUUUGUAAAUUACACUGUAUUUGAUGUCUCACUGGUGUUGAUGUAUACUGUGGUAUAUUUUGUUUCAAACAAGCUUUAUAAAAAAAAUCACAAGCAUAUCAAAAACAUAAAUAAAAAUUUCAAAACCUACUAGCUUUAUUGUGGAUUCUCCUUUUUGGUCUUUCUGAGAUUUAAUAACUAUACAAGUUCCAAGAUGCCCAAAAAGGAGCAUUUAAGAAAAUGGUUAUACAUAUAUUGAUCGCAACCAAACUGUACAGAAAGUACGUGGCAAUCUGAAUAUUUUUUUUUUUAAUUCUUUUUUCUGUGCAUGAAAAUUACAAGCUUGUGUACUGUGCCACAACAGCACGCAUAUCUUAAUCAUUGAAAUUCACAUUUUGGCACUAGAGAACUGCACAUUUGUUUUUUGUUUUUUUUAUAUCAUGUUGGUACACGCUAGACACAUUUUGUAGGCUAAUAUUGAAACGUGGGUACAAUAGACCUAUGUCAGUAAGCGGUGGUGAAACAGCGGGGUAGACUCUACUCAUGAGUGAUAAACUUAAAACAUAAAAGCUGCAAGGCAACUGUUGUGUAGUGUAGGGCUGUUAGCUCCUAUGGGUGAUGUUCACUUAGUGUUGUAGGUAUGUGGGUAGGUGGGAUGCGGUCUGCCCACUGAAUGAAAAGAUUUAACUUAUGCAUCGGUGUUGCAUAUAAGAGAGCAGUGCGAUAUAAAAGUCAAAUCAUAUAACCGUAUUGUAUCCUCCGUGGGUGCGGGUCUCAGUCUCUGGGUUUCCAGAUUGGGGAUUCGUCCGACUCCGGCUUUUGGCAGGUACCGCUUGUGGUCGGGGGGUGCAGUGGUAUCCCCCUGCGCCUUUUUGUUGGUCUGCGGCUGGUGCUGGGCCUUGUGAAUGCGAGGUUUGUUCAGUUGAGGUGUCUCCUAUCCCAGCUGUAGUGAGGAGCUGUUGUUGGCUGGGUACAUGGUGGGUGGUUGGGAACCUCGACCCCCUCAGGUGUGUCACAUCAGGACUUUGGUGUCUCUUUCGGGUGUAGGGGGGACUUUGGGGCCCUCUCGUAUGUGGCUUUGGCGCCGUUGCUUGGGCUCUGCAUGUCUGCUUUGAACGUCUGUUGCCCCUUUGUCGUUUCUUCAGCCGAGCCGUAGUGUCGGUUAACCGCUCCUGUGGUAUUGCAGCCUUGGUAGAGCGCCUCGGCCGUGCACAGGGAGGUGACAUUGAUGCGGUGUCGUUGUAGCCGGUGUCGGAGCAGUAGGUAGGUUCUUCUCUCCUAAUCGCUCCCAAAAGUUCUGUCAAACAGCGUCAAAUUUAGCCCGGAAGGCCGCUGCCCAUUCGUCAGCAGUCUGUUGCCUUGAGCUAGCCUCUCUGCUGUCGGCCAUUUUGGAUUGGCCUCAUGGCCAAUGCGCUUUAGAGUGCUCCCAAGGUGAGUGCUCCCCGUAGGUGGGUGGACCGGGAUGACCCCUGCCGGUCCAUGGGGGGGUUGACAAGGGCCCUUAGUCUCCGAGGCAGCUAGUUGCAGCGGUGGGAGAGCGGCCGGCCCUCCCACGCUCGCCAUGUGAGUAGGCCCCGGACACCUGACCAGUAAGUGUAGCUUGUAGUGCCGCUUAUGGGGUGUCAUUCUGCUCUGCUUAGUGUUCCCUUUCAAGUGCUGGCCUUUGUGGCCGGAUUAGCCGCUUUUGGGUCGUGAAAUUUAAGUUUUAGAGUAGCUUGGUGCAGGAGCUCUUGAGGUUCACGUCCUCUCGGCUCUGCGGUCAGGCCCCGCCCCUGCAAUCUGAAUUUUUACCUACACUUUCUACAGUAAUUCACAAUUUAAACUACAGUAUCUAUAUGAAGUGAUCUCUUAUAUGAUAACAGGAUUGCUAAAUAAUCAUUUCAUAGUGUGGUCCCAUUUCAAUGCCCCCAACCCCAAUCUAGCUGGUUCCUCAGUUUCAAUCCGCACACAACGGUCUGCCCUCAUGGACUAGCUGUCUAUUCUGUGUGUAACUUCCUCCAACAGUCAAUGUUCAUAUACGAAAUGUUUCAAUGACUUGCGUGUGUUCUACUCACUCCAUGGAACUGUGGCAAGAUUUUGAUAAUUUUAUACCUCUGUUGUUCUUAUUAUUAUUUUUAGAGCACCAACAAGCUCCAGAGUUCUGUACAAGGUUCAUUUUGUACUGUUAUGAAAAAAUUAUGCAGUGGAAAAAUCAAACACACAAAAAAGCAAUCGAAAACAUACAGAUAACGUGGUAUUUUGCAUAUUAGGCAUUCUGAGAAUUUCCUUAAAUUUUUUUGUUUAAAGGGGAACAAUCACUUUAUAGAUAAUUACACCAAUUGAAUAAAUUAAGUUUAAAAUUACCUAUAACUUCUGUUAACUCCUUAAGGACCAAACUUCUGGAAUAAAAGGGAAUCAUGACAUGUCACACAUGUCAUGUGUCCUUAAGGGGUUAAACCCUUUUUUAUGUGAUAUAUAUUUUUUUCUUCCAUUUUUAUUUAAAUGAAUAUUAAAGAUUUAAGCAUUUGACACACAAUCUGGUUCCGUCCCAUCAUUGCCAGGGCAAACAUUGCAUUGGAGGAGAAAUGAAAACAUUGUUUCAGUUUUUCAAUGACAGAAAAGGGCAAAGCUUAUAACAAUCAUUGUCAGAGUGCCAAGAUGGAGGUGCACAGGUCCAGAACAGAAGUAAAUAGACUGGUGGGAUUUCUAUAUUUAAUUUUAUUUUCAGAUUCCAUUUUCAUAUACUGUCUCCUUUCUCUGAAAUUUCAUAACCGAAAACCAAUAUUUGUUAAAUAUAGAGCAUAAAUACUAAUAUUGCACACAAUCCAGGGAAGUGGCAAUACCCUUUAAACCAUUGAGAUGACGUGGUCUGGGUGAUGGCGUUGGUGUCCCUUUAAGUAUGUGAUUCAAAACUGUGAUUCUUUCAUAUAUAAUUUUAAACAUCUGUAUUAAGGAAAUUUUUUAUUUAGAGAUUACUUUAUUUACUUUUUUUUUCUUUUAAGAAAAGUGUCCAUUGCAUUAAUUUUCCGUGUUUCAUUCUGCAUUAAUUGAAGAAUUCGCAGAACCAUGCCUCUAGAUCGAGACCAGGUUUGCCCCAAAGAUGACGCUUCUGGCGAAAGUAAACAAAGUGACCACUCCGAUCCUACGCAGGAAUCUGACCGAAAGAGAAUUCGCCAAAGCACUCCAAGCCCUCACCGGGAGAUUGCAGUCCAGCGUGAGUAUAGAAUUAUAUGAAGGUCUAUUCUUCUCAGCUAUGUACAUUGUUAAUUUUAGUUUCAUUUUAAAUUUUUUUUUAGUUACAUAGCUGAAAAGAGACCUGUGUCCAUCAAGUUAAGCCUUUCUCACGUUAGAUUUUUGCUGUUAAUCACAAAAAAAACAACCCUAGGGGAAAAAAAUCCUUCUUGACCCUAGAAUGGCAGUCCAAUAUAUCCUUGGAUCACAAAGCUAUUACCCCACUAAUUAGAAAUUAUUUCCCUGUAUAUUAUGCUUUUUCAAGUAUUUAUCCAACUGCUGUUAAAACACCUGUAUAGACUUUGAUAAAACCACCUAUUCAGAUGGAGAAUUCCACAUCCUUAUUGUUCUUACUGUGAAAAAUAGCCCUUUCCUUUGCACUAGACUAAAUCUCCUUUCUUCCAGUCUAAAUGCGUGACCUUGUGUCCCAUGUAUAGUCCGGUUUAAGAAUAGAUUUCCAGACAAGGGUUUGUAUUGGCCCCGAAUAAAUUUGUAUAAUGUUAUCAUAUCCCCUCUUAGGCACCAUUUUUCCAAACAAGAGAUAUAGAUUUUACAUUUAUUAAAAAUAAUAGGAGACAUUUGCCUUAUUUAGUCUGUAGAUAGAUUACCCAUUCCCAAUAUCAAGUCAUGUCAUCAUUUAUUGUUGAUUUUUAUAAAAAAAUUAAUUAUAUCUCAUGAUCUAUCCAUUAUUACAAUGGUCAGAUCAUGUUAUCAAGUCCCAUAGCGCAAAGUGAGUGACAUCGUCCAAUGACACCAGGUGUCACAAUGCCACUGGCAAUGUGCGAUAUAGGACCACUAAUCUCAGGAGAGCACUGGGACCUAUGUGUCCUGUCCUGUGGACCACUGUAAACACUGUAGUGACCCUGUGCUUUUUUGUUUUUUAAAUUUAUAAUCUUUAUUAGUUUUCAUGUUGUACAUACAUUGAAUGACCUAAGACAGACCUAAAACUAACAAUAAAUGUUAUAUUGACUUAAUAUUAAUAUUAGAGACAAAAAACAAGAAGGGGGGAAAAAAAACACCCAAACAAAUCUAAACUCCUUGUGGAGAAGGGGUGGGGGGAGUACCCAUCUAAGUCAGUUCAGAGGUUGAAAAACAAAGGGAAAGCAGUUUGCCGCUCGAUGUCAUGGGUAAGGACCUCUGACUUAUAGUUUCUCAACUUGCUCCAACCAUUUUUUGUACAUAUUGUUUGAUGCCCUACAGAUGCCCAUCUCAAUUUUAAUUUGCUAGAUAAGUUGAACUUUAACCUGAUGCCAGCAAUGGGCUGAAACAAUCUUCAAGCUUCUGGCAAUCAGAACCUUGGCGGGAGCCAAAAUGUGUAUCACAAUAGUUGAAGCUCAACCCAAAAUGUUUUAAAUGUUUAAUUGUAAUAACAAAAGUCUAGGAUGGAAAUCAAUCGUUUUUAGAAAGUAAAGUUUGAAUUUUAAUGUGAAUCAUGUUCCAAAAAAUUUGGAUAGGUUGACAUUCCCACCAUAUAUGCUAGAAAUCUCCUCUAUGAGCCAGGCAUCUCCAACAUUUAUCCGAGACAUUGGGAUAGAGCCUAGACAACCUAGGUACCAUUUCUUUAACAGUUUGUAUUGGAUCUCAGAUGGGUUUAAAUAUUGGAUAUUUUAUGAACCAUUUUCAGUUAUUCAUUCGAGAGACAGAAAGGAAGAGUGGAAGCUUAAUGGUAUUGAAACUUAGGCAGUAAAGGGGUUAACCCUAACCAAUAUAACUCAAAAGAAAAAAGGAAAGAACUACUGCCAUAGAAUAAGUAAGGUUAAAAGUUAACUUUUAAUAGUCUAAUUAAAAAAAAGGAUAAAGGGUGAAUAUAGAAACUCUCAAUACACCAAUAGGGAGUAUAAAGAGAUGAAUAAUACACAUCAAUUAAAUGAUUAUAAUGUCCAAAUUGUUGCAACUUGAUCAUUUGACAUAUAAUCAGCAGUAAGCUGAUCACUGAUCGUUGCUAGAAACUAAAAUUGCAGUUGCUAAUGGCUAAAUACUAGUGAUCAUGUCUAUAUAGAUCGUCUCACUAUAUUAUAAUGAAGAUCAACUGCCGCUGCUGCAAAACUAAGUUAGCUUGUUAGUCGGAAAGAAAAGCCCUGAUAAGCCUACCCCAAACCCCAAUAAGCUAUCUAUGUAAAAAUAAUUACUAUGCUGUACGGUACAAAAUGACCCCAGAAAGUGAUCUAUCAAAUGCAAAGUGAUAAAUGGUGGUUGGAGAGAAGGGGAGCAAUCUCCCAGAAAAAACCCAGGGGGAUUGCUCCCCUUCUCUCCAACCACCAUUUAUCACUUUGCAUUUGAUAGAUCACUUUCUGGGGUCAUUUUGUACCGUACAGCAUAGUAAUUAUUUUUACAUAGAUAGCUUAUUGGGGUUUGGGGUAGGCUUAUCAGGGCUUUUCUUUCCGACUAACAAGCUAACUUAGUAUUGCAGCAGCGGCAGUUGAUCUUCAUUAUAAUAUAGUGAGACGAUCUAUAUAGACAUGAUCACUAGUAUUUAGCCAUUAGCAACUGCAAUUUUAGUUUCUAGCAACGAUCAGUGAUUCUCCCAUUUAGAAUACGUAGGAAUAGUGCACAGUAUUCAUUGGGACGUCCGGCAGAUUCAUUUAUUUUUCGGCUAGUUAGCUUAUUUAGUGGGGUUUUGUAGAGGUAGGUGCCCAUGAAGGCACAGUCAGUUUUGACAAUAUCGUUUUACAAACUCUGAUUGGGAUCUUUAUCAAUCGUUUCUACCUCUUAUGGACAAAUAUUUUCACACUGGUUUGUAGCAUUAAUCAAUAGUAAGCAGUAAUUUGCAACUAUUUAGCCAUUUGAAAGUAUCAAUUUAGAACAAUUUUAUACACUAGCUUACUGCUGAUUAUAUGUCAAAUGAUCAAGUUGCAACAAUUUGGACAUUAUAAUCAUUUAAUUGAUGUGUAUUAUUCAUCUCUUUAUACUCCCUCUUGGUGUAUUGAGAGUUUCUAUAUUCACCCUUUAUCCUUUUUUUUAAUUAGACUAUUAAAAGUUAACUUUUAACCUUACUUAUUCUAUGGCAGUAGUUCUUUCCUUUUUUUCUUUUGAUUUUCAGUUAUUCUGUCCAUUCCUCACAGCUAAUAUCAAUUAGUGACCCUGUGCGUUUAUGAGUACAGCUCCGUUAUAGGGACACAUUGGUGCAGCUUGGCACUUUCAUAAUAUAUAUUUUUUAUUUUAUUAUUAAAAAAAGACAGGUUUAAAUGCAGAUUAGAUUGAUGUUUUUAACUUUGAACAAAGAUGAUAUUUUUUAACUCCUUGUAAUAAAACUUUAUUUUUUAUUGGUUGUUUUACCUUUAUUUUCAUGGAAGUGUUUAGCCUUCGAUGACCAUCUCUAUAAUACUCUAUAGUAAUAAUGAAAUAUGUAGUUGGAAUAUAAAGUCUGUGUUUCACUAUCUUAUAUUUAAAGGAACACUAUAGUCACCUAAAUUACUUUAGCUAAAUAAAGCAGUUUUAGUGUAUAGAUCAUUCCCCUGCAAUUUCACUGCUCAAUUCACUGUCAUUUAGGAGUUAAAUCACUUUGUUUCUGUUUAUGCAGCCCUAGCCACACCUCCCCUGGCUAUGAUUGACAGAGCCUGCAUGGAAAAAAAAAACUGGUUUCACUUUCAAACAGAUGUAAUUUACCUUAAAUAAUUGCAUCUCAAUCUCUAAAUUGAACUUUAAUCACAUACAGGAGGCUCUUGCAGGGUCUAGCAAGCUAUUAACAUAGCAGGGGAUAAGAAAAUCUUAAUUAAACAGAACUUGCAAUAAAGAAAGCCUAAAUAGGGCUCUCUUUACAGGAAGUGUUUAUGGAAGGCUGUGCAAGUCACAUGCAGGGAGGUGUGACUAGGGUUCAUAAACAAAGGGAUUUAACUCCUAAAUGGCAGAGGAUUGAGCAGUGAGACUGCAGGGGCAUGUUCUAUACACCAAAACUGCUUCAUUAAGCUAAAGUUGUUCAGGUGACUAUAGUGUCCCUUUAAUUGGAAUAUAGACGAUUAAAUAGUUCUUCCAUGCAUAUCUGCCCCUACGAACGUCUUUUAUUUCCUUUCCCUACAAGUACCUGUUUCUGUAUUGACCCUGUUGCUUGUUCCCAUGCAGAGAGUCCACCUCGGCUUGUGACCGAGAGAGAACUCAUGGAAGCUGCUCAAGGAGUUACGAACAUGGCUUUGGCUCAUGAGAUUGUUGUUUCUGAAGGGUUCCAGAUCAAACCUGUGGAGCUUCCUGAUGACAGGUGAGUUGGAAUGUUUGCCAAGAAUCUGUUCCAUCGAACUCCAGAGAUUCGGAGGCCAAGCCUGCACUGCCUACCCACGUACAGUAGGAUGUGUACAUGGGGAAACUCCCAGUAUGUUCACAAUAAUAAAAAAUAAAAAAAGGCAAACUUAUACUAAGGCUGACAAUAACACCUUUCAGUUUGUAUCCUUACGUUCUGGUAUUAAAUGGAAACAAUUCAACCAGAAUAACAACAUUUCAAUGAGAAUCAAAUCACUAAUCUGAAUGUUUUCAUCAAGACACCACCCCAAAAAAAUAUAAAAGCUUAGAAAAAAAAUAAUAAAUAAACUUUAUUGAAAGCACACAGUAUAUAAAAAAUACAAAAACUAGAUACUGAUUAAGUAAAUUGGCUAUCAGUCACUGUCUGGUUAGUUCUGUGGUAGCAUAGAUAAGUUCCCUAGGGAUAUAACAAUCCUGUUUUGAACAAAAUUAUAGAAACAUAGUUGCAUUGCUUAUAUACAAAGACUCAACCUACGGAUAAUCAGUAGGUGCCAUCAGUAGGUGGCUUUCCUGUUUAUCUUAUUAAACUUUUGUUGUAUUUUUUACGUAGUUUGCAGAAGAGAGUCCGGGACAUUUUACACAAAGCAUUCUGGGAUUGCUUGGAGGCCCAGUUCAAAGAAGAACCCCCAGUGUAUGAUCAUGCCAUUAUUCUUUUGGGAGAAAUAAAAGAGGUUAGACACAAUAAUUUAAUCUUUGAUUCUGUAAUAAUACAAUUAUGAUGAUGUCUUACUUGCAUGGGGUACAUGUCAUUUACACUCCAGGAACAUUGGCUGACAUUUUAGAGUCAUUUCCUUGCCCUAAAUGAGCAGUAAAGGGAGUCGUUAUGGAAUAUAGACAGAGCAUAAGAGAAUUACAGUUAUUUAUGUAUCUCCAACAUUUUCCCAGCACUGUACAAAAGGUAAACAAGACAAUUACUUAAUUUUUACAAAAGAUGAUUGAUAUACUGGAACAGCAGGUGAAGAUGGCCACAUUGGGUGUAAAUAGUGCAAAAAGAGACAAAUAUUCAUAAAAAGUAGGUGAGCCUAAAACCUACAAUUCCUGUCUAAAGGAAAGUGAUCUCCACGAGGAUCUAUAGACUUAUAAAACCGGGAUGCCAGUGGACAGGCAUACACGGAGAAUGCCAGGGAGUGGGGCACAGAAUUUUUGCAUUUUUAGCAAUGGAACCCAUCGAAGGGCAAGCUACUGAGUUACUCUAAGCUUUUUGUCCGUUCUCACAGUUCUCAUUCUUUCUUUUUGCUUCAAUACAAAACUAGUUAGCUGUUAGUUUGUUAGUAACAAGGGACUGUAUAUAAUAUGGUACCUAUUAUAAUAGGACAACGAUUUAUUUUCUAGUUAUGCAGCAGGCGGUAUACUAAAUAUUAAUAUUUAUUUAUAUAUAUAUAUAGUGUGUGUAUGUGUGUGUGUGUGUGUAUAUAUAUAUGUAUAUAUGUAUAUAUGUAUGUAUAGUAUAUAUGUUAUAUAUAUAUAUGUAUGUAUAUAUAUAUAUAUGUAUAUAUAUAUGCUAAAAGAGAAAAUGUAUUGUGGCCCACAGUAGGUUAUGGUUCAUAAAACCUUGGUGCCCUUCCAGAGUAAUUUGUCAAAGUAUCUUAUUUUAUACAUAGCAAUAUAUCUUUUUUUUUUUUUUUUUUUUUUUUAAUUAAGGAUUUGCAAGAAAUUUACAAUACAUAUUGACAUUCCCUGCUUAAAAUACACAAUAAUCAAGACAAGACAAGUUCCAGUAAGAUACAAUAAACAUUAUUCAAUCAAUUAACAUAAUUUAACUAUGAGGCGACGGACCAAUGGGUCUUAAAACAGUACAUUUAAUCAAAAACAAACACACACAAAAAAAACAUUGAUAUCAUGUCUCCUCCUCCUCCAGUAUUUUCUCCAACCAUAACUUCCAAAUUAUCUUUUUUUUUUUUAUUUUUUUUAUUUAUAAGCAAAAUUCAGAUAACCUAAAUUGCAUCUCUAAUUUCCAUUGGGCUAUCUUCGGCCAAUUCAUCUCAUUAGUACACCGUUCCUUGCUAUAACGAACAUUGUGCUAAUUAAUAUGUGUGUAAUAACAUGUUAAACUUCCCAGAAAACAUUUGGCCAAUUCAUGAGCAACAACAAAAUUCAACCUGAGAGAAAUUCAGUGUUAUACCAGUCAAUUAUGUAAUUUUAACUUGUAUCAGGUCUUUUCAAUUUUGUUCCAUGACCACCAAGAAUGAACAUAUGUGCCUUCAACCACUCCACUUCUCAGACACAUGAAUGAUAAAGAUUGAAACAUUGUCGUUAAUCUACUUGGUACAAAGUACCACCUGAUCAUUAAUUUAUAAAACGUUUCCACCAAAGUUAAGCAAUUAAUAGACUUUUUAACUUUCCAAAGAGGCAAUUCAGACUGACUUUUUGAUCUGGUAAUUCAGCUCCGAGCUCAACUGCUUAAUUGCUGGAAUUUCUUUUUGAUCAUUUUUAAAACGGAUGACAUCUAUGUACUCACUCAAGUGUGUCUGUGAGCUAUCCGAAGAAAUUUACAAAAAAAAUCCAAUUUGCCAAUUAAGAGUCUAGGGCUGUUUCUUCGAUGUUUAUAAAACCCAUAACUCUAAUAUAGUUAAAAAUCUCAUUGUCUGCAUAUAAAACUCUUGUUUCCAAUGUUGGAAAGAGUUAAGAGUCUCUAUCCAUUAUGCUUGCAAGUCUUUUAAUACCCUUAUUCCCAGCUGUUCAAAUAUAAACAGUCCACUUCUGAGGAUAUAAACCUUCACACAGUCUAUGAAACCAUUCUCCCAACUUGCCAAUCUCAAAUUGAAAAAUGUUCAUAA